GGCGUCUGGGGCUGAGGAGCUGGCCAGCAGCCUCCUCCCUUGGUGACGGCGACAUUGUAAAUAACAUGCAUGAGCCUGACCCGGACCUGCUGGCCGGCGAGAGCGCGGAGUACGAGACGGAGGACAGCGUUGUGUCCCCCAUCCCCAUGGGGCCGCCGUCCCCCUUCCCCACCAGCGAGGACUUCACCCCCAAGGAGGGCUCGCCGUACGAAGCCCCCGUCUACAUUCCUGAGGACAUUCCCAUCCCGCCGGACUUUGAGCUCCGAGAGUCCUCUAUCCCAGGGGCCGGCCUGGGGAUCUGGGCCAAGAAGAGGAUGGAAAUCGGGGCGAGGUUUGGCCCUUACAUGGGGGCACCCCGGGCCACGUGGAAGGAGGCAGACUUUGGAUGGGAGCACAUGCUGACGGAUACGGAAGUGUCGUCCCAGGAGGGCUGCAUCCAAAAGAUCUCCGAAGACCUGAGCCCCGAGAAGCUCUGCAUGGACGCUGGUCAGGCGGGCUCCGGCAGCUGGCUCAAGUACAUCCGGGUGGCGUGCUCCUGCGACGACCAGAACCUUACCAUGUGCCAGAUCAACGAGCAGAUUUAUUAUAAAGUCAUCAAGGACAUCGAGCCUGGGGAGGAGCUGCUGGUGCACGUGAAGGAAGGCGCGUACUCCCUGGGGACGGUGCCCCCCGGUCUGGAUGCAGAGGAGCCCACGUUCCGCUGUGACGCCUGCGACGAGCUCUUCCAGUCCAAGCCGGACCUGCGGCGCCACAAGAAGUACACGUGCGGCUCCGUGGGGGCCCCGCUCUAUGAGGGCCUGGGCGACGAGCUCAAGCCGGAGGGGCUCGGCGGCGGGGGUGGCGAGCAGGCCCACGAGUGCAAGGACUGCGAGCGGAUGUUCCCCAGCAAGUACAGCCUGGAGCAGCACAUGGUUGUGCACACAGAGGAACGGGAGUACAAGUGUGACCAGUGUCCCAAGGCCUUCAACUGGAAGUCCAACCUCAUCCGCCACCAGAUGUCCCAUGACAGCGGCAAGCGCUUCGAAUGUGAGAACUGCGUGAAGGUGUUCACCGACCCCAGCAACCUACAGCGCCACAUCCGCUCGCAGCACGUCGGAGCCCGUGCUCAUGCCUGCCCCGACUGCGGGAAGACGUUCGCCACGUCCUCGGGCCUCAAGCAGCACAAACACAUCCACAGCACCGUCAAACCUUUCAUAUAUGUUUUAGGUGAGGUCUGCCACAAGUCCUACACGCAGUUCUCCAACCUGUGCCGGCACAAGCGGAUGCACGCCGACUGCCGCACGCAGAUCAAGUGCAAGGACUGCGGGCAGACGUUCAGCACUACCUCGUCCCUCAACAAGCACCGGCGCUUCUGCGAGGGCAAGAACCAUUACGCGCCGGGCGGCAUCUUCGCCCCGGGCCUGCCCUUGACCCCCAGCCCCAUGAUGGACAAGGCGAAGCCCCCCCCCAACCUCAACCACGCCGGCCUGGGCUUCAACGAGUACUUCCCGUCCAGGCCGCACCCGGGCAGCCUGCCCUUCUCGGCGGCGCCCCCCGCCUUCCCCGCGCUCGCUCCGGGCUUCCCGGGCAUCUUCCCUCCGUCCCUGUACCCCCGGCCGCCUCUGCUCCCUCCCACGCCGCUGCUCAAGAGCCCCCUGAGCCACACCCAGGACGCCAAGCUCCCCAGCCCCCUGGGGAACCCGGCUCUGCCCCUCGUCUCCGCCGUCGGCAACAGCGGCCAGGGCGCCACGGCCGCCGCAGGGCCCGAGGACAAGUUUGAGCGUCGCCUGGAGGACUCCUACGCCGAGAAGCUCAAGUCGAGGGGCAGCGAUAUGUCGGACGGCAGUGACUUCGAGGACGUCAACACCACCACGGGGACCGACCUGGACACCACCACGGGCACGGGCUCGGACCUGGACAGCGACGUGGACAGUGACCGGGACAAGGCCAAGGACAAGAGCAAGGCGGCGGAGGGCAAGCCCGAGUGCGGGGGCGGCGCAGCGCCCCCGGGGGCCCCGAACAGCGUGGGCGAGGUGCCCGUCUUCUACUCCCAGCACGCCUUCUUCCCGCCCCCCGACGAGCAGCUGCUGGCGGCCUCGGGGGCCGCAAGUGACUCCAUCAAGGCCAUCGCCUCCAUUGCGGAGAAGUACUUUGGCCCCGGCUUCGUGGGCAUGCAGGAGAAGAAGCUGGGCUCACUGCCCUACCACUCCGUCUUCCCCUUCCAGUUCCUGCCCAACUUCCCCCCGGCCCUCUGCCCCUUCGCGGACCGCUCCCUCGCCCACAACUUGCUGGUCAAGGCCGAGCCAAGGUCACCCCGGGACGCCCUCAAGGUGGGCGGCCCCAGCGCUGAGUCCCCCUUCGACCUCACCACCAAACCAAAAGGGGCAAAGCCUGUGCUGCCCGCGCCCAAGGCACCCCCGGCCCCGGCGUCCGGGGAGGAGCAGCCGCUGGACCUGAGCAUCGGCAGCCGCGCCCGAGCCAGCCAGAAUGGAGGGGCGCGGGAGCCCCGUAAGAACCACAUCUACGGGGAGCGCGAGCUGGGGGCCGGGGAGGGGCUGCCCAAGGCGUGCCCGGCUCAGCUGCCCCAGCAGCCCUCCCUGCACUACGCCAAGCCGUCACCCUUCUUCAUGGACCCCAUCUACAGCAGGGUAGAGAAGCGGAAGGUGACGGACCCCGUGGGAGUCCUGAAGGAGAAAUACCUGCGGCCGUCCCCGCUGCUCUUCCACCCCCAGAUGUCAGCCAUCGAGACCAUGACGGACAAGCUGGAGAGCUUCGCGGCCAUGAAGGCCGACUCGGGCAGCACCCUGCAGCCCCUCCCCCACCACCCCUUCAACUUCCGGUCCCCGGCCCCCACGCUGUCUGACCCCAUCCUCAGGAAGGGCAAGGAGCGCUACACCUGCAGGUACUGUGGCAAGAUCUUCCCCCGAUCAGCAAACCUCACGAGACACCUGAGGACACACACCGGGGAGCAGCCAUACAGGUGUAAGUACUGCGACCGCUCCUUCAGCAUCUCCUCCAACCUGCAGCGGCACGUGCGGAACAUCCACAACAAGGAGAAGCCCUUCCGGUGCCACCUGUGCAACCGCUGCUUCGGGCAACAGACCAACCUGGACCGGCACCUCAAGAAGCACGAGCACGAGCACGCUCCAGUGAGCCAGCACUCCGGGGUCCUCACGAACCACCUGGGGACCAGCGCCUCCUCCCCCACCUCCGAGUCAGACAACCAUGCACUUUUAGACGAGAAAGAAGACUCCUAUUUCUCUGAAAUCAGAAACUUUAUUGCCAACAGUGAGAUGAACCAGGCAUCAACACGAACGGACAAACGGCCGGAGAUCCAGGAGCUGGACGGCAGCUCCCAGUGCCCGGGCCUGGCCGGCGGGAAGCCGGGGGACGCGGAGGAGGAGGAGGAAGAGGAGCUGGAGGAGGAUGACGACAGUCUGGCCGCGAAGUCCCAGGAUGACACCGUGUCCCCCACGCCGGAGCCCCAGGGCGCCUACGAGGACGAGGAGGACGAGGAGCUGCCCGCCUCCCUGGCCGUGGGCUUCGAACACACCCGAAGGUGCGCUCAGGAGCGACCAGGCGGCCUGUUAGCUUUGGAGCCGAUGCCGACUUUUGGGAAGGGGCUGGACCUCCGCAGAGCAGCUGAGGAAGCGUUUGAAGUUAAAGAUGUGCUUAAUUCCACCUUAGAUUCUGAGACUUUAAAGCAGACACUGUACAGGCAGGCUAAGAACCAGGCAUAUGCAAUGAUGCUGUCCCUUUCCGAGGACACUCCUCUCCACACCUCCUCCCAGAGCCCUCUGGACGCUUGGUUGAACAUCACAGGAGCCACGCCAGAGUCCGGAGCCUUUAACCCCAUCAACCACCUCUGACGGGCCCAGGAGGGGCCAGGGUCAGAGUCCAAGCAAGGCGACCUCGGGGCCCCAUCGUCCCAACAGAAAUUCCAGCUGCGGAAGAUGGAGAAGAGAUCCUCGGGGAGCGGCGUGGCCUGGGCCAGAGAAACCCCUGCCCCGCCCCAUCACCUGCGAUGACCACUCCUUGGCAUCCGUCCCCCCACACACACCAUGGUUCAGCUCUAACUUUUCCAAUGAAAACUCAGAACCCAGGAGUCCCUGAGCGGUCCUGGAGGCCCACCGUCCAAGAAUUGGUCUUAAGAACAGCAUUCUGGAAGGGUACAGCGCACGGCCGGCCGCAUGCCGUUCCUGGGAGCUGCCUCGCAGAGCCGACCCAGUGGGUGAGGGCGGGAUUUUAAUCCCAGACUGAAAGAACGAAGGCAGCGUGCCGCUGGGGCACCUGCGAGGUGUCUCAGAAAGGACCGGACAGACACGGGUGUGCUCUACAAAGGGAGAUCGCCCAGAUAAUUUUUUAUAAUGAGAAUUACAAGAGUAAUGCUUUUGGUAAUCUUAUUGACGACAGAGUCUAUUUAAGCAUGUGGUUUUAAAAAUAGACAGUAUUUUUUAAAAAAUCGAAAGAUGACUUGCAAAUUGUUUUUUAAAAGUAAUUUUGCAUUGCUUUGAAAUCUCCACUUCUUUGCGAACCCGAACCUGCCUGGGGACCAAGGCUGUGUCUGGGUGGGUUCUUUAUACUGUAGAUAACGGAGAAGUUUUCUAUCCCUGACUGUAUUUGUAAAGCCAACGAGAUCCUGGGUGCCCCCGAGCAGAACUGAGGGGCCUGGGGCCCCCUCCUGUGAGCAGUUUCAAACUGUCCCGUGGAAUUCUGAGACACGGUAUCCUGGGCUGGCCCAAGGCUGCGAGAGAGGCUUGUCGCCCGCAUCACACGUGUGUGGCAGGGGAUUCAUGCCUGUGGCCCCCACCAAGACCCCCCAAUUGUAUGGGGGGGCUGUGAGAGCGGUGGCUCGGGUCCCCUGCACAGAGGUGGGCCACACACCGGGCACCCCUCCCAACAAGGUCCACGCAUCAGCCACACCCGUGCCGGCCCACCACGGCCGCUCUUUGGAAGGCAGGGCCCGCUGGCCACAUCGCGUCUCCAGCCCCCACCUCACCCACCCCCGUCAGACGGACAAGGGGAAGGAAGCAGGCAUCCCCCCCACCGUGGCCUCCGUGGGGCGCGCUCUGCAUCUCCCCUGCCCCCACCGCCAGGCUUUCUGCCUGCCUGAGACCGCAGCUCCGGACCCGACUGCCACCUCCCAUCCUCGGACCCGACUGCCACCUCCCAUCCUCAUGCGGCUUCUUGGCGGACCAGACCAGCUCCAGGACCGAAGGGCCUCCAGGCGGGACCUGCCUCUCGGGGAGCCAAGACCGCACGGCCUGGCCGGAUGGCACCCCCUCAGGAUGGGUCUGCCUCUCCGCUCGGAUGGGCUUUAAAUUAUUCCCAUAGGGGCCAAUUUCAAAUCAUAAUUUUUUUCCCUGAUGGAAUUUACCUUAAUCUGUAUAUAACUUGUAAUUUUUUCUAAUUCAUUUCUUUUCUUAUUUUAUUUCUUCCUUAACAGUAUUUUGGCAUUAGACAUUCUUAUUGUGAAGAAAUCAUGUUAAUAUAAGCACCUAGUGAAGGACCAAAA